AUGGGAAAAGCUUCGCGGUGGUUCCGGAAUCUACUCGGACUCAAGAAACCCGACCCGGGUUAUCCGGAUCCAUCCUUCGAGACGCCUUCACGUUCCUAUCCAAAACGCCGAUGGAGCUUCGUCAAAUCCAAACGCGAAAAUGCGGCCGCACAUCCGAGUCAGCAUCCUCAUACUCCUUCUUCGUUACCGAACUCAACCCCUCCACCGUCAUCAUCGUACCACAAAUCAUCUCCGUCGCCUCACAGACGGCGGUGCAAACAGAAGCUAGUAUGGGAGGAAGAGACAGACGUGGAUUCCGACAAGCAUGCGAUUGCUAUGGCCGCUGCCACUGCUUUGGUCGCUGAAGCCGCCGUCACCGCAGCUAAUUCUGCAGCUGCGGCCGUUAGGCUCACGAGCACGAGUGGGAGGCUGACGCGUAGUCCCGUCGCAGCGCAUUUUAGUGACGGACUCGAUGACGUGUCAGUGCAUGUUAGCAGUUUCGACGGUCAGGAACGCCGCCGCGACAGUCGUGAAGGUCUUGCUGCUAUUAAGAUACAGUCUGUAUUUCGUGGUUAUUUGGCAAGGAGAGCGUUAAGAGCACUUAAGGGAUUAGUCAAGCUUCAAGCUAUAGUUAGAGGCCACAUCGAACGAAAGAGGAUGUCGGUCCAUCUGUGCAGGAUGCAAGCUUUGGUUCGUGCUCAGGCUCGUGUCCGUGCCACUCGUGUUAACGUCACACCUGAAUCAUCAUCUUCUCAAUCCAGCAACACCAAAUCUUCUCACUUCCAAAACCCCGGUCCACCAACGCCGGAAAAACUAGAGCAUUCGAUCUCUUCUUGCAGCUACAAGCUCGGCCAUUCUCAUCUUUUCAAGAGGAACGGUUCUAUGGCAAACAACAACAGACAUUUCUCAGCCAAGAACGAAGAAGAAAGGAUCCCUGAAUUCGAUUGGAAACACAACAGUUCUUACACAAGACACAACAGACCAGACAUGUUCUACUCAUCUCACCUCGUCAUAGACAAAUCAGGCCGGUCCGGACCAGUUUACACCUUCCCUUUCAGCCCGUCCUCGUCACAUGAAGAGACUGUUAACCAGUCUUGCACUGCAGAGAACAGUCCUCAGUUACACUCAGCUACUAUAAGCAAGAACAUUGCUUUCACGGAAAGUUCUAUUGCACCGAGUGAUUGCACCAAAAGCUGUUGCUAUGCAGACCAUCCAAGAUUCAUGGCUUGUACAGAGUCAUCUAGGGCAAAGGCCCGGUCUGCUAGUGCCCCAAAGUCACGACCUCAGUUGUAUUACGAGCAGUCUUCGUCGAAACGGUUUGGAUUUGUCGAUGUGCCAUACUGUGGUGAUACGAGGUCUGGUCCGCUGAAGGUUUUUGGUCUGCACACCAGUUUUAUGAACAAGGCUUAUCCUGGUUCAGGUCGGUUGGACCGGCUUGAGAUGCCAACUAGGUCUAGGUACUGAGAAGUAUCUAUAAUGCAAAAUAGACUUGCUUAGUCGUGAUGUUGACUCUGCAUUUCU